AUGCUCCACGACGGCCACGCCAAGGCACCUCACGCUCUAGUCGACGGUCCUCUGGGAGCCAUGGUAACAUCAUUGAGGACCAGGCGCGAGCCAAUGGACGUCCAGAGCCGGCCCCAGGCAACCAUGACCGAAGCACCGAGACCCGGCGUCGGCGCAACAGCGAGUGUCUUGAUAUUCCUGGCCUCGAGCAACACAAAGGUCAGGAGAAAGCGGAAUCUUUUCGUUACACAGAGUUGA